GCUGCACGCACCUCAGGCAGGCAGCUGUCAGUGACAUUUCGUUUGCUUCGUGUAAAUUUUGUGAUGUACAAGUUUCAAAUCCGUCUAUUUAUCAAUGAAUAAUGGUGUACAUUAAUAGAUAAUGGUUAUUUUUGUUGCAUAUUUAAAUACAAACUAAUAAGACUGUGUAAAAGUUCGUUUAAUAGUGGUUGUUUUCUAUAAUGGAGGAUCUCAAUUUGACAGAAACCGAAAUGAGAUAUUUCGGUGAUUUGUUUUUAUGUUGUGAUGAAGAGUCCAACGGGAAAAUACCGAUUUUAAAAGCAACGGAAUUAUUUAGAUCAUCUAAUAUACCUAAUGAAAUCCUUAAGCAGAUCAUGGAUAUAAGUGUAGCACCUAACAAUUGUGCGUCAUUGAAUCAUAUGAAUAGGAAACAAUUUUACUCGGCCCUAAAGUUAAUAGCAGCUCAUCAAACAAAUAUGUCUCUAAAGCCAGAAUUAUUAUCUACACCUCUCGACCUUCCACUACCAAGAUUCACAUGGGCUCUUAAUUCUGAAGCAAGCGCCGACCUAAUACAGUUAUCGAGUUCACCUAAAGAGCAGCAUAUUGUUAAAAGGGACAGAAAUUUUGGUGGAAACCUUGGUGCAUAUGAACCUAUGCGUGUUUCGUCGAAUCUAUCUGAUAGUGAUGGACCCCCAGUUUUAUCACAUGAUGGUGCCGAAGCCUUGAGCACAGAUUCCGAGAUUGAAUCAGAAACAAUGUCACAAAGAUCUGGAUCACAUGGGCGAAGAGGAAAGAAUGGUUCACCAUGGAGCACAGCUAGUGAGAGUCCAACGCCUACAAACAGUGUAGCGGAAAGGGUACAUCCUGUGUGGGAAAACAGUGCGACAGGGCGUGGCGUAUGGCCAGCCAACACCGGCGAGGAACAUACACGGCUAUUAGGCACAGAAGAAGAAUCAUCGGACCGGCAUUCAUCUGAGGAGGAGGGCGAUGGAGAACCGGCAGAAGACAUCUGGGCGAUCAGCGAUGCGCAGGCGCAUCACUAUGCUGCGCAAUUCGCUCAGCUGCGACCAGAGUGCGGCCUACUUUCUGGACAGACCGCCAAAUUGUUUUUUGAAAAGUCUCGAUUGUCUGUGCCGGAUUUACGGAAGAUUUGGCAACUAUCUGACAUUACCAAAGAUGGAAAACUUACGCUAGAAGAAUUUAGCAUAGCGAUGCACCUGAUUGUACUGAGGCGGAACAACAUUCCCGUACCCGACGUUCUGCCCGCAUGCCUCGUCCCGAAGGUUGAUUCGCGCUUCUCCCAACAGGCCGUCACCACGGACCUGGUCGAUUUAGGUUCUGACAUGUUCAGUUCUGGCUCCUCAGCCGACUUCAGCUUCGUUCAAAAACCUGAUUCGAACGAUCCCUAUGAAAGCAAACCUGCUAAGAAGCCAGAAGACCAUCAACCCUCGUUAUCUCCGAGCAAACCUGAACCGCAAGUUAACAACAAAGAAUGGACUAAAUUCGUCGACUCUCCCACGUCGAGCGUAUCAAGUCCCGGCCCGAAACCGGUCAAUUUCGAUUUCCACAAGUCAGCUGUCGAGAGAGAUCCUAAGAUUUUCCACCCUGUGGCGUUGAGGGUGACGCCCGACGCGAACACGUUACCACACGGCGACGGCGACAUGCGCUCCAGCACGUCGCCGCGGCGGGACGACUUCGCGCACGCUUUCGAGUUAGCUAGUCCAAAGCGACUCAACUCCCAGCCACCGACCGAGCCGCCGCCGAACGGAAACCCCGAAAUCAAGUCUAUCCAGCGGCCGCAACCGAAAAAACCCCUAAAGAGCGCAGGGGUAUUACCACCGCCGCCGGCGCGCGAGUCGUCCGUGCACGCUGACGAUGGGCCCCAGUCACUACAGUAUGCGCCCAAGAAGGAGCCGCCGCCGCCGCCUCCACCGCGACCUCUACGCAACCACACACGCUCUAGUUCCCUCGACUUGAAUCGUUUCAAAGGAGCACCCGCACCGCCACCACAGCCUCCGCCGCGCAUGUCUCCGUCGGCGACAUCACCGCCGGCCCGCCGCGCCCUCGUAAACCAACGCAGCGAGGGUGAACCUUUCCCGGCAGAUGCGUUCGUGCCGCGCGAAUACGAGGGUGAAGGGUUUGGGUACAACCGCGAGGACGCGCCGAAGAUGCACGGCGCGUUCGAGGUGUACCGCAAACCGUCACGCGAGUCGUCGUGCGAGACCGACCCGGAUGCGAAGGCCUUGCAGGAACAGAACGCGGUGCUGCACCGCGUGUGCCGCGCUCUGUGCGCGGAGCUGGCCGACGUCCAGCGCGAACGCGAGGCGCUCCGACACCGCCUCGACGCACGCUCCACGCCCCUCUAGUCACCCCGCGGCAACCCCGCCCCGCCCUACCCCGAGCUGGUCACCGGUAACCCGAUGACCGUUCCGAAUAGUACUUUCCGACUUUACAUUCGACCAUCGUCGUAACUCGAUCUGUGUAAUCUCAUGAUGAAACUGAUAUUUUUUUUAUUUCAAUAUGCUCGAUAGCAAUUUAGCUAUGCUGUUGUAGCUCCAGUGCAUUUAAAAAAUGCAAGAGAAGCAUCCACUGCACCGAAAUAUAACAAAAUGAACAACCAAUAUGUUUGUUGAUGAUCUUUAGUUAAUCAUUCCGGAUUAAGUAAUUAGGCUACGCCCUCAUUUUGAAAAAAAAAUAUAAAAAUAUGGUCGCAGUGGACAUAGAUUUGCCUUUCGGUAAUAUGAUAGUGAUAUGGGCGACUGGGGGCAUUGUAUCAUCCAUAUAUUAUUCGUUAACAAUAACAAGAGGCUAUUGUAAACCGACAAUGACUCUUUACAGUAUUUUAUUGUCAUUUCAUUUACUUAAACAUAGUAGAAUCAUCGUAUGGUCACAGUGUCAUUUAAUUUACAUUUUAAUAUAUCGUAACAUUGUAUGUUAUUAUAAUGUGAGGUGUUACUUCAAUAAGGCGUCAACAGUUACAACAGUCAACUUUUUUACACAUUGCAUUAUUCCCGCUAAGAAAGAGACAAUAUUAUAUAUACAAAACUUUUAUAUCCAAAUCAGAUAUAUAGAAUAUUUUACCAAAUUCAAUUGAAUAUUAUUUUCUUUGUCAAUAAUAUAAUAUUAGUCUGAAUAUUGUACCCUUUCCAUUAUUCUAUUUUACUUUUGAUACGUCUAUUUUUAAUAAGAAUUUAUAUUUUUACAUCUAAUAUAUUUACGGUAUUAUUCUGUACUCGAUUGGUAAUAAAUGUGAUAAGUGAGUUGACACAUUUCAUUUUAUUGCGUAUUUUAAAGUUGUCUAUCGGAAUUUACAAAAUAUAUCUAACAUCGAACUGUCAAAUGUAAAAAGAAUGGAAAGGGAUAUAAUUGGGAAGCACUGUUAAUAUUUUUAUUAGAUGGUUGUGUUUAAAAUAUAGUUUCGUUCGUAGAUUUGUAUCAAGUACAUUCAUUUUAAUUAUAAUCACUUGUAACUAAACAUAUACAAUAAUAUUGAAUAAUCGGUUUCAUUUAUAAAUAGUUCCGUCUUAACACGGCUCCGUCUAAAAUAUUAAAUUCUAGACAAACCUCAUUUGUGUUAUGUCGAAAUCAUAUGAAAAUAGGUACUAUAUUAGUGUUUAUACAUUAUAUUUUUUAAAAUUUGGUUCCAAACUGGGUGGCGCUAAUGUUGCUUGAAUAUCAUUCCUUAUACUUUAUUGUGUAACUUGUUUACUAUUGUAUGUUGUAUAAAAUAUAUAUGAGAAUGGUAUACCAUCACAAAGAAUAUUUGUUAAAAUAUGUGAAUGUUUGUAUAAAUGAAUUAGUGUAACGAAUGUAAAAAUGUCUUGUUUAAGAACAGGAGAAGAAGGAAAGAAGCGAAAGCCUUGAGAUGUAUGAGGAAUUACGAUUGUACAAUUGAUUGUACUUGUGAGUACAGUGAUCAAAAUAAAAAUAGGAAUGAUUUGCCGCCAUUACUUCUUAUUUGUCAAACUGUCAAAAUGUACCGGUAGAGUGAACAAAACAACUAAUUAAUAAUUAUAAUAAUAACCUAAAGGAAUCUUAGAAAAUUUUUUGAAUACUCCAUAUUGCUUCCCCUUUAUGACUUAAGCUAUUGGCCAAAUUUAUAUGUACUAAUAAUAUAAAAAAAUAAGUUUCUCUUUACACUUCUCGCAUUCCAGUCCUUCCAUAUAUUGUUCUUGCUAUUUUACACUCAUAUAUUUUUACACAUUAUAUUAAAUUUAGUUGCCCUUUACAUACACAUAUCUUGUGUUGUUCUCCCUUCGAGAGAACUCGACGAAUUAUCUGCAUUACCGAAAAAUAUCAUAAAUUACAUGUAAUCUUUUGUAAUCCUGACAUUGGCAGUAGAAAAUUACCGUUAUUCCUACGAUGAGUCUAUUUUUUUUUAAAAGAAGAACAACAUAAUAAAUAUGUUAGAAAAAUAUAUUUAUGAAAAGUACCACCGAACGAAAUCUAGCUCUGUGAUUCCAAUAACUUUUGCAUAAUUUUAAAAGUAAUUGUUAUCGUCAUUAUUACUGUUGUUGCCCCUAUAAGAGUAAAGCAUAGAUUCACGUUGAUAUCUGAAAUAUUGAAAUGUUAUUUAAAUGAAAAAAAAAAAAAUCAUUUUCACCACAUGUGUGUUUUUAUAAAAUUUGCUAUAAAAUAUAUAAAUAAUGUUUAUAAAUUUAGUAGAUUAAAUUAUAAAAAGCAUUUAUUUGCAGACCAUACUUUUCAAUCGAGUGACAGCAGAUAAGUCGAUAAUUUUGGCGGGCCUAUUCUUAUUUUGAUUGCAUAUUGUGGAGGUCGAACCGUACUGUACUGUGUUUUAGGUACAGACAAUGUUAUAUCCAUAAAGAUGUUUACAAACAAAUUGUGAGAACACACAUUGUAUUAUAUAAGAUUAUUGUAAAAGUAUUUAUCUUUUAUUUUAGUCGUAUUUAAGGAUUAUAUCUUGAGCAGUCUACCAUCGCUGUGUAAAUAUGAUUUAUCCACGUCCUUACUAUUGUCAGCCAGCGCUUGGUAACCCACUGGUCUACAUUUUGGUCCAAUUUUGUACUAUUAAAACUCACCAAUAUUUACCUAUUUAUGUUUCAUAAAAUUUAUACAGUACUGCUUAAAUAUUAUUGUAGUAAAUUAUGUACAAUAAAUUUAUUUCAAAACUUAA